UGCCAUUAUUGCAAACCACAACAAAAAGAAACAACGCCAAAAAUUGUUGCGUUUUUCGUUUGGAUUGUUUGUGGAAUUAGAAAACUCUAAACUGCUUGUUUAAUUAAAUUUUAAAAGGUAAAAAUAAACCGCAAUAUAAUGCAUGUGGUGAUGGCGAUAUUGCGAGAGUAAAAGAAUGGUUCUGUAACGCACAAAACCUCAACAUCAAAUCAACAUAGAUCGAAAUGGCUCGUAAACCAGAAACACAAUUACAAAACACUCCGGUCGAUGUAAUAUCUGCUGUGAAGUUCUCACCGAAAAUAAAUAAGUUUCUGCUCGUUUCUUCGUGGGACACUACCGUACGUCUUUACGAUGUUGUCAGUAAUACCUUGCGACAAAAAUUUAUACAUUCAUCACCGGUACUUGAUUGUGCUUUUUUGAAUUCAACUAAAACCAUCAGCGGUAGCCUGGAUAAUGUUGUAAAGCUAUAUGACCUUAAUGCAAACGUAGAAGCUACACUGGGCAGUCAUAACGCCGGAGUAAAGUGCGUGGAAUAUUCUUCCAAACUCAAUGCCAUCCUUACGGGCAGCUGGGAUCGGACGGUAAAAGUUUGGGACGUGCGUGAAAAAGAAUGCGUAGGCACGUACGAACAAAGUAAUGGUAAGGUUUAUUCGAUGAGUAGCAUCGAUGAGAAACUGGUGGUUGCUACAUCGGAACGCAAGGUGUUGAUAUGGGAUUUACGCAAGAUGGACAACUAUAUCGAGCGGCGAGAAUCAUCCUUGAAGUACCAGACUCGUGCCGUUCGUUGUUUCCCGAACAAGGAGGGUUAUGUGAUGAGCUCGAUCGAAGGAAGAGUUGCGGUAGAAUAUUUCGAUCCCAACCCAGAGAUACAAAAGAAAAAGUUCGCUUUCAAGUGUCACCGUGCGAAGGAAAACGACAUUGAGCUUAUCUAUCCGGUAAAUGCCAUCAGCUUCCACAGCGUAUAUAACACGUUUGCCACUGGCGGGUCAGACGGUUACGUUAAUAUAUGGGAUGGAUUCAACAAGAAACGAUUGUGCCAGUUCCAUCUGUACGAUAGUUCUAUUUCAAGCUUAAGCUUCAGCGAUGAUGGUAGCACGCUGGCAAUCGCAUGUUCAUACAUGGAUGAAGCAGAAAAUGCACCGCAGCCACCACCACAACCGACUCUCUACGUUCGCUAUGUAAAUGAACAGGAAACUAGACCCAAAUAAUUAUUGCACGAUAUGUCAGGAUAAGAAUUUUUGUUUGUAGUAGUCAAUAGUUUCAACUGUACAUGACAAAAUUCCUUCACGGAAAUAUCCUUCUAUUGCUUACCUAUAUUCUAAAUAUCAUAUUUAUUUUUACAAGUUGUAUUAGUUUAGUACGUUUGUAAGAUUCCUUUUAAUCGAUAUUACUUAAAGUAUUUGUCAAAUCGUGAAAUUAGUUGU